AUGAAGGACAAGAACCUGUUGAAUAACCCCUUGGAUGUAUACAAAAAAGAGGCAAACGAUGGGGACGAUGUGAAGGCGACAACGGAAGGCCAUGCCAAGGGGGACAAGAAAAAGGACGAAGAAAAUUUCCUCCAUGCUGAUUCGCUAAGUGAAAUUUCAAUCUCGACCGUGAGCAACAGCACAGGCAUCGACUCAGAUUUAUAUAUCCGUGUUGUCCGGAAAAUUAAAAAAGAAAAAAGGCAACGGAGACGAGAACGGGAAAGGGAGAGGAAGAGGAUCCGGAAGAGGAAACGGGGAAGCAGGACAAGGAGCAGAACGGGAAGCGCCGGUAGAAGUGGUAAGGAGGACCAACGACACCAACAGCACGCGCUGGUGGAUCAAAGUUACGAUCAUGAUGUGGGCACACAGAAGGAACACAAAGUAGGAGAAUGUGGAGAGCACGAGAAUGAUAUUAAGGAGGAUAUCACAACAAGGGACAAAAGGGAAGACAGAAAAGAAUACAGGAGGGAGCGCAAAGGCGUGAGCGAAAGGGACCAUAAAAGAGAGCACAAAAAUGACGACCAAUCAGAGGACAGGAAGAGGAGGAAGAAGAAAGAGUCCACACACGACAAUAGGUUCAAUGAAGACAAAAGGACGAAGAGGAAAAGGGUUUCCAAAGAAAGCUAUGAUAGCGACAGAAGGCACAGGAAGCAAAAGGACGCGGACAGGAAAAAAAAACACAAAAGGUCCAGAUCGAGGACAAACAGCUCUUACGAUGAACCCAUUCCCAAGGACCCCUUCAAUCCCCUGCUCCUUGCGUACGAAAAGAAGAAGAAUCAUAGACACAGGAAAAUUAGCGAUGAUGGAUCGAUCACGAGCGAUAGGUGGAGGCACGACAGAUAUGAAAGCUCAUCUGGUGAGGAAGCUGGUCCCAUUAGAGAAGCAAGGCCAAAUAAGCCUGACCCCAAAGCGGAUUUGCAAAACGUGAGGAAAAAUUUGUGGAAGUCUAAGGCAGGGGGCGUCUGUAUUCCUGAAAUAAGCGAAGAUGCAAACUGA